AUGGCACAGUCAGUGCUGGUACCGCCAGGACCUGACAGCUUCCGCUUCUUUACCAGGGAAUCCCUUGCUGCUAUUGAACAACGCAUUGCAGAAGAGAAAGCGAAGAGACCCAAACAAGAGCGCAAGGAUGAGGAUGAUGAAAGUGGCCCAAAGCCAAAUAGUGACUUGGAAGCAGGAAAAUCCCUUCCAUUUAUUUAUGGAGACAUUCCUCCAGAGAUGGUGUCAGAGCCGCUGGAGGAUCUGGAUCCCUAUUAUAUCAAUAAGAAAACAUUUAUAGUAUUGAAUAAAGGGAAAGCAAUCUCUCGAUUCAGUGCCACCCCUGCCCUGUACAUUUUAACUCCCUUCAACCCUAUUAGAAAAUUAGCUAUUAAGAUUUUGGUACAUUCUUUAUUCAAUGUGCUCAUUAUGUGCACUAUUCUUACCAACUGUGUAUUUAUGACCAUGAGUAACCCUCCAGACUGGACAAAAAAUGUGGAGUACACCUUUACAGGAAUUUAUACUUUUGAAUCACUUAUAAAAAUACUUGCAAGGGGCUUUUGUUUAGAAGAUUUCACAUUUCUACGGGACCCAUGGAAUUGGUUGGAUUUCACAGUCAUUACUUUUGCAUAUGUGACAGAGUUUGUGGACCUGGGCAAUGUCUCAGCGUUGAGAACCUUCAGAGUUCUCCGAGCUUUGAAAACAAUUUCAGUCAUUCCAGGCCUGAAGACCAUCGUGGGGGCCCUAAUCCAGUCGGUGAAGAAGCUCUCAGAUGUAAUGAUCCUGACUGUGUUCUGCCUAAGCGUGUUUGCACUAAUAGGAUUACAGCUGUUUAUGGGCAACCUGCGAAACAAAUGUUUGCAAUGGCCCCCAGAUAAUUCUUCCUUUGAACUAAACAUCACUUCCUUCUUUAAUAACUCAUUGGAUGGGAACGGUACCACUUUCAAUAGGACAGUGAGCAUGUUUAAUUGGGAUGAAUAUAUUGAAGAUAAAAGUCACUUUUAUUUUUUGGAAGGGCAAAAUGAUGCUCUGCUUUGUGGCAACAGCUCUGAUGCAGGCCAGUGUCCAGAAGGAUACAUCUGUGUGAAGGCUGGUCGAAACCCCAACUAUGGCUACACAAGCUUCGACACCUUUAGCUGGGCUUUCCUGUCCUUAUUUCGUCUCAUGACUCAAGACUUCUGGGAAAACCUUUAUCAACUGACACUACGUGCUGCUGGGAAAACAUACAUGAUAUUUUUUGUGCUGGUCAUUUUCUUGGGCUCCUUCUAUCUAAUAAAUUUGAUCCUGGCUGUGGUGGCCAUGGCUUAUGAAGAACAGAAUCAGGCAACGCUGGAAGAGGCGGAACAGAAAGAGGCUGAAUUUCAGCAGAUGCUCGAACAGCUUAAAAAGCAACAGGAGGAAGCUCAGGCAGCAGCUGCAGCAGCUUCAGCUGAAUCAAGAGACUUCAGCGGUGCUGGUGGGAUCGGGGUUUUCUCAGAGAGUUCUUCAGUAGCAUCAAAGUUGAGCUCCAAGAGUGAAAAAGAGCUGAAAAACAGAAGGAAGAAGAAGAAACAGAAAGAACAAUCUGGAGAAGAAGAAAAGGAAGAGGGGGUCCACAAAUCUGAAUCUGAAGACAGCAUAAGAAGAAAAGGUUUCCGGUUUUCCUUAGAAGGAAGCAGGCUGACAUAUGAAAAGAGGUUUUCCUCUCCACAUCAGUCUCUACUGAGCAUCCGUGGCUCCCUGUUCUCUCCAAGACGCAACAGUAGGGCGAGCCUUUUCAGCUUCAGAGGCCGAGCCAAGGAUAUUGGCUCUGAGAAUGAUUUUGCGGAUGAUGAGCACAGCACCUUUGAGGACAAUGACAGCAGAAGAGACUCUCUGUUUGUGCCGCACAGACAUGGGGAGCGGCGCCACAGCAACGUCAGCCAGGCCAGCCGUGCCUCCAGGGUGCUCCCCAUUCUGCCCAUGAACGGGAAGAUGCACAGCGCUGUGGACUGCAACGGAGUGGUCUCCCUGGUCGGGGGCCCUUCUGCCCUCACAUCUCCUGCUGGGCAGCUCCUACCAGAGGGCACAACAACUGAAACAGAAAUAAGAAAGAGACGGUCCAGUUCUUACCAUGUUUCCAUGGAUCUUCUGGAAGAUCCUACGGCAAGGCAAAGAGCAAUGAGUAUGGCUAGUAUUUUGACCAACACCAUGGAAGAACUUGAAGAAUCCAGACAGAAAUGCCCACCGUGCUGGUAUAAAUUUGCUAACAUGUGUUUGAUUUGGGACUGCUGUAAGCCAUGGUUAAAGGUGAAACAUGUUGUCAACCUGGUUGUGAUGGACCCUUUUGUUGACCUGGCCAUCACCAUCUGCAUUGUCUUAAACACCCUCUUCAUGGCCAUGGAGCAUUACCCCAUGACGGAGCAGUUUAGCAGUGUGCUGUCAGUUGGGAACCUGGUCUUCACUGGGAUCUUCACAGCAGAAAUGUUUCUCAAGAUAAUUGCCAUGGAUCCAUAUUAUUACUUUCAAGAAGGCUGGAAUAUUUUUGAUGGUUUAAUUGUGAGCCUUAGUUUAAUGGAACUUGGUUUGGCAAAUGUGGAAGGACUGUCAGUUCUCCGAUCAUUUCGACUGCUUAGAGUUUUCAAGUUGGCAAAAUCCUGGCCCACCCUGAAUAUGCUAAUUAAAAUCAUCGGCAAUUCUGUAGGGGCUCUGGGUAACCUCACCCUGGUGUUGGCCAUCAUCGUCUUCAUUUUUGCCGUGGUCGGCAUGCAGCUCUUUGGUAAGAGCUACAAAGAAUGUGUCUGCAAGAUUUCCAAUGAUUGUGAGCUCCCUCGCUGGCACAUGCAUGACUUCUUCCACUCCUUCCUGAUUGUGUUCCGGGUGCUGUGUGGAGAGUGGAUAGAGACCAUGUGGGACUGCAUGGAGGUCGCCGGGCAAACCAUGUGCCUUACUGUCUUCAUGAUGGUCAUGGUCAUUGGAAACCUGGUGGUUCUGAACCUCUUCCUGGCCUUACUCUUGAGUUCAUUCAGUUCUGACAAUCUUGCCGCUACUGAUGAUGAUAAUGAAAUGAAUAAUCUCCAGAUUGCUGUGGGAAGGAUGCAGAAAGGAAUCGAUUUUGUUAAAAGAAAAAUACGUGAAUUUAUUCAGAAAGCCUUUGUUAGAAAGCAGAAAGCUUUAGAUGAAAUUAAACCUCUUGAAGAUCUAAAUAACAAAAAAGACAGCUGUAUUUCCAACCAUACCACUAUAGAAAUAGGCAAAGACCUCAAUUAUCUCAAAGAUGGCAAUGGAACUACCAGUGGCAUAGGCAGCAGUGUAGAAAAAUAUGUCGUGGAUGAAAGUGAUUACAUGUCCUUCAUUAACAACCCCAGCCUCACUGUGACUGUACCAAUUGCUGUCGGAGAGUCUGACUUUGAAAAUUUAAAUACUGAAGAAUUCAGCAGCGAGUCAGAUAUGGAAGAAAGCAAAGAGAAGCUAAAUGCAACUAGUUCCUCUGAAGGCAGCACAGUUGAUAUAGGAGCUCCCGCUGAGGGGGAACAACCUGAAGCUGAGCCUGAAGAAUCUCUGGAGCCUGAAGCCUGUUUUACGGAAGACUGUGUGCGGAAGUUUAAGUGUUGUCAGAUAAGCAUAGAAGAAGGCAAAGGGAAACUCUGGUGGAACUUAAGAAAAACUUGCUAUAAGAUAGUGGAGCAUAACUGGUUCGAAACCUUCAUUGUCUUCAUGAUUCUGGUCAGCAGUGGGGCACUGGCCUUUGAAGAUAUAUAUAUUGAACAGCGAAAAACCAUUAAGACCAUGUUAGAAUAUGCUGAUAAAGUUUUCACUUAUAUAUUUAUCCUGGAAAUGCUUCUCAAGUGGGUUGCAUAUGGCUUUCAAGUGUAUUUUACCAAUGCCUGGUGCUGGCUAGAUUUCCUGAUCGUCGAUGUCUCAUUGGUUAGCUUAACUGCAAAUGCUUUGGGAUACUCAGAACUUGGUGCCAUCAAAUCCCUCAGAACACUAAGAGCUCUGAGGCCGCUGAGAGCCUUAUCCCGGUUUGAAGGAAUGAGGGUUGUUGUCAAUGCUCUUUUAGGAGCCAUUCCAUCCAUAAUGAAUGUACUUCUGGUUUGCCUGAUCUUUUGGUUGAUAUUCAGUAUCAUGGGAGUGAAUCUUUUUGCUGGCAAGUUUUAUCACUGUAUUAACUACACCACUGGAGAAAUGUUUGAUGUCAGCGUGGUCAACAACUAUAGCGAAUGUAAGGCCCUCAUAGACAGCAACCAAACUGCCCGGUGGAAGAAUGUGAAAGUCAACUUUGAUAAUGUGGGACUUGGGUAUCUUUCUCUGCUUCAAGUAGCCACAUUUAAGGGAUGGAUGGAUAUCAUGUAUGCAGCAGUUGAUUCACGAAAUGUAGAAUUACAACCCAAGUAUGAAGACAAUCUGUACAUGUAUCUGUAUUUUGUCAUCUUUAUUAUUUUUGGUUCAUUCUUUACUCUAAACCUUUUCAUUGGUGUCAUCAUAGAUAACUUCAACCAGCAGAAAAAAAAGUUUGGAGGUCAAGACAUUUUUAUGACAGAAGAACAGAAGAAAUACUACAAUGCAAUGAAAAAAUUGGGUUCAAAGAAACCACAAAAACCCAUACCUCGACCUGCUAACAAAUUUCAAGGGAUGGUCUUUGAUUUCGUAACCAAACAAGUCUUCGAUAUCAGCAUCAUGAUCCUUAUCUGCCUCAACAUGGUCACCAUGAUGGUGGAGACUGACGACCAGAGUCAAGAAAUGACCAACAUUCUGUACUGGAUUAAUCUGGUGUUUAUCGUUCUCUUCACUGGAGAAUGUGUGCUGAAACUGAUCUCUCUUCGUUAUUACUAUUUCACCAUCGGAUGGAAUAUUUUUGAUUUUGUGGUGGUUAUUCUCUCCAUUGUAGGUAUGUUUCUGGCUGAGCUGAUAGAGAAAUAUUUUGUGUCCCCUACCUUGUUCCGAGUGAUCCGUCUUGCCAGGAUUGGCCGAAUCCUGCGUCUGAUCAAAGGGGCCAAAGGGAUCCGCACGCUGCUCUUUGCUUUGAUGAUGUCCCUUCCUGCGCUGUUUAACAUCGGCCUCCUGCUCUUCCUGGUCAUGUUCAUCUAUGCCAUCUUUGGAAUGUCCAACUUCGCCUAUGUUAAGAGGGAGGUUGGAAUUGACGACAUGUUCAACUUUGAGACCUUCGGCAACAGCAUGAUCUGCCUGUUCCAGAUUACCACCUCUGCUGGCUGGGAUGGGUUGCUAGCACCUAUCCUCAACAGUGGACCUCCAGACUGUGACCCUGAAAAAGAUCACCCUGGCAGCUCAGUUAAGGGAGACUGUGGAAACCCAUCUGUUGGGAUUUUCUUUUUCGUCAGUUACAUCAUCAUAUCAUUUCUGGUCGUGGUGAACAUGUACAUUGCUGUCAUCCUGGAGAACUUCAGUGUUGCUACUGAAGAAAGCGCAGAGCCCCUGAGUGAGGAUGACUUUGAGAUGUUCUACGAGGUUUGGGAGAAGUUUGAUCCCGACGCCACCCAGUUCAUAGAGUUCUCCAAGCUCUCUGAUUUUGCAGCUGCCCUGGAUCCUCCUCUUCUCAUAGCAAAACCGAACAAAGUCCAGCUCAUUGCUAUGGACCUGCCCAUGGUCAGUGGGGACAGGAUCCACUGCCUUGACAUCUUAUUUGCCUUUACAAAGCGUGUUUUGGGUGAGAGUGGAGAGAUGGAUGCCCUUCGAAUCCAGAUGGAAGAAAGAUUCAUGGCAUCGAACCCCUCCAAAGUCUCCUAUGAGCCCAUUACAACCACUCUGAAACGCAAACAAGAGGAGGUGUCUGCUAUUGUUAUCCAGAGGGCUUAUAGACGCUACCUCUUGAAGCAAAAAGUUAAAAAAGUUUCAUGUAUAUAUAAGAAAGACAAAGGCAAAGAAGGUGAGGGAACACCCAUCAAAGAAGAUAUCCUCAUUGAUAAACUAAAUGAGAAUUCAACUCCAGAGAAAACCGACAUGACCCCUUCCACCACGUCUCCACCUUCCUAUGACAGUGUGACCAAACCCGAGAAAGAAAAAUUUGAAAAAGACAAAUCAGAAAAGGAAGACAAAGGGAAAGAUAUCAGGGAAAGUAAAAAGUAA